GCACGCACACUGCCCAGACGAGACUCGACACCCAAAACGCACGCACACUGACUCUUCGUUUCUCUGCUCUAUGGUUCAUGCCCUUGUCCGAAUGCCAGCCGCCGGAUCCUUGACAUUAUCUUCGUCUUCUCUCUCACUCUCCCGUAUACUCUAACCGAAACCCUCAUUCGUUUUUGACCCUCGGAUACCUUCUCAAUGGCUUCCUCCACAGCCCAAAUACAUACCUUCCUCGAUACCACCGCUUCCUUCCGGAGCAAACCCAAUCGUCCCAAUCUCUCCUCCUCCAAAGCCUUCUUCUUCGGCCAGACGCUUCGCGGUACGGCGUCUUUUCCCCGACUCAGAACCGCCGGUAAGGUGCGCUCGAUUAAGGUGGUGAACGAGAAGAUCGUGGGGAUCGACCUGGGGACGACCAACUCAGCUGUUGCUGCUAUGGAAGGAGACAAACCGACCAUAGUAACCAACGCAGAGGAAGAAGAGAGGGUGGUGGUUUUGGUCAUUGGUGGAGGAGGAAGAGAACAUGCACUUUGCUAUGCCUUGCAGAGAUCUUCCUCUGUUGAUGCAAUCUUCUGUGCGCCUGGUAAUGCUGGGAUUUCCAACUCGGGGAGUGCCACUUGUAUUUCAGACCUUGAUAUCUUUGACAGCUCUGCUGUAAUAUCCUUCUGCUGCAAAUGGGGUGUGGGACUGGUUGUUGUGGGACCGGAGGCCCCUCUUAUUUCAGGCCUUGCAAAUGAUCUAUCUAAGGCUGGAAUCCCUACUUUUGGCCCUUCAGCAGAGGCUGCUGCCUUGGAAGGUUCCAAGAACUUCAUGAAGAUUUUGUGUGAUAAGUAUGGAAUUCCUACUGCUAAGUACAAAACAUUUACCGAUCCAUCUGCCGCAAAGCAAUACAUUCAAGAGCAAGGGUCCCCAAUUGUUAUCAAAGCAGAUGGAUUGGCAUCUGGAAAGGGAGUUAUUGUUGCUACGACUUUGGAGGAAGCAUAUGAUGCUGUUGAUUCAAUGCUUGUUAAGGGUGUUUUUGGUUCUGCUGGUUGUCGUGUUAUUGUUGAAGAAUAUUUGGAAGGAGAAGAAGUGUCCUUUUUUGCCUUGGUGGAUGGAGAGAAUGCGAUUGCUCUAGAGUCUGCUCAGGACCAUAAACGAGUUGGGGAUGGUGAUACAGGGCCCAAUACAGGUGGGAUGGGGGCAUAUUCCCCUGCACCAAUGUUAACAAGAGAACUUCAGUCAUUGGUCAUGGAAUCCAUAAUUCUCCCUACUGUAAAAGGAAUGGCUGCAGAGGGGUGCAAGUUCGUUGGGGUUUUGUAUGCGGGGCUCAUGAUUGAGAAGAAGUCUGGCUUACCGAAGCUAAUUGAGUACAACGUGCGUUUUGGAGAUCCAGAGUGUCAGGUGUUGAUGGUUCGGUUGGAGUCUGAUCUGGCACAAGUUCUGCUUGCAGCCUGUAGAGGAGAGCUAAGCGGAGUAUCCCUGAACUGGUCCCCAGGGUUUGCCAUGGUGGUAGUGAUGGCAAGUAAGGGCUACCCUGGGGUCUAUGAAAAGGGAACUGUGAUUAGAAACCUUGAAGAAGCAGAGCAUGUUAGUUCGUGUGUUAAGAUAUUCCACGCAGGAACAAGCCAAGACUCGAUGGGUAACUUCAUUGCAGUUGGGGGACGUGUUCUUGGGGUCACCGCAAAAGGAAGAGAUCUUGAAGAGGCACGGGAUCGAGCUUACCAGGCUGUUGAUGAAAUUAACUGGUCAGGAGGAUUCUGCAGGCGGGAUAUUGGUUGGAGGGCACUUCCCCGGAAACAAUUUGCUACAAAAGGGUGAGAAUCAAAUGCUUUGUAUUGUAACACAGCAUGCAUGGAUGAAUAUUUAAAAAAAAAUUGCUCAUAGUAUAAAUUAACAACAUCUUCCAAAGAGAGGAGAGAAAAUGUGAGUUCUCUUGUGGGCCAUGACCGUUUUAGCUUAUUACUGAUCUUCCAUGUCACGAGACCCCCAUCUGCUUUGUAUCCAUGGAUUGAAUGGCAUUUAAGUUGAGGAUUUCUCGUCCAAAAUGGGAAGAGAUAUGUAAGCCAAAAAAAAAAAAAA